AUGAAGAAAAAGGAAGAAGAAGCCAAGGAGGAAGCCCGACUGAAAAAGCUGCAGAUGGAGGAAGCAGCCAAAUUGAAGCAGCUGGAUGAAGAACAGGAGUAUUUGAAGCAGCGAUACAACCUACUAAUGCAGAUUGCCGACGAAAAGGAUUCAUCUAGCAGGCGCAGUGGAGUGAGCGGAAAAAGUAAGCAGACUGGAGUAAGUGUGAAAAGUAAGCGUGACCAGUUGGAGAAAUGGUUGAAGGGAGCUGUGGUGGAGGAUGUUGGACAGUCGAAGCCAUCGUCGUCAGGAAAUCGAGUUGCCCUGCCGGUUCACACAGUCAGUGAAUCAAUUCAUCCAGCCGCAGUGGUUCGCGAACUACAAACACCAGUUGCGUCGUUACCGGAUAUUUCGUCGCAUGUUUCUGUUCCGCCAAACGUGAACCUAUUGCGCCCUCCUGUUUCGGGAAUCAUUGGAAAUGUUCCCACUCUGGCAAAAUCAUACGAACAGCUGGUUUCCGGACAAGGAACUUCUGCGAUGGCAUCUGCUCCAACAUCAGCAGCUACGCAACUCGCAUCAUCGGUUCCGCUUAUUUCAGUAGCUUCUACUGUUUCCAAUGUGGUUCUUCCGGAAAUGCAAGAUAUUCGAGUCGGGAAUACCGAUUCUGUGGCGGUUACGUUCGCUGCACGGGAUACAUUAGUGUCCUCAGCGCCAUGUGCAGCAUCGCAGUCAUUUGUUGGUUCGAGUGGUCUGAUGUCAACAGUUUACGGAGGUCUUCCGUACUACACAGCCGCUCCAAUGGCUCAUCUAGCACCAACGAAUGCAGUAGCUUCGGGAGAUUUAGUUCGAGUGAAUUCGUCGCAAUCCUAUUUCGGUAAUGUUCCGCAUAGUUCAGCAGUUCUGCACGGAAAUGCACCAUUAGGUUAUUCAGCGGCCCUACCAGUAACGAAUUCGUUUGGACCAUCAUUUGCGGGAGCUGGAUUGCCGAAUGGAACACAAUCGAGUCCUGCAGUAGGACCAACUAGUGCUCAACUCGCAGCGCGCCAGGUAAUGCCUCGUGAGCUUCCCAAGUUCAAUGGCGAUCCGCAGGAGUGGCCUAUCUUCUACAGUUCUUUCAAGAACACGACGGAGGUGUGCGGAUAUACCGAUGCGGAGAAUUUGGCCCGUCUACAACGGAGUUUGGGAGGUUCCGCUUUAGAAGCCGUACGAAGUCGUCUGCUGUUACCAGCGUCUGUUCCGUAUGUGAUGGAUACGCUUCACAAACUCUACGGGCGGCCGGAGAUUUUGAUCAGUUCGCUUCUGAAGAAGGUGAGGAACGUGCCAGCCCCUAAAGUGGAGCACCUGAGUACGAUUGUGGCCUAUGGAUUGGCCAUUCAGAACUUGGUCGAUCACAUCAUCUUGGCUGAUCAGCAAGCACAUUUGGCGAACCCAAUGUUGCUUCAGGAGUUGGUCGAUAAGUUGCCCACAUCCCUCAAGAUGCAGUGGGGAACCUACAAGCAAGGCGUUGCAUAUGUCAACCUGGCGACAUUCAACGGUUUCAUGGCAGGCCUUGUGAACUUGGCGUCGGAGCUCACCAUCGACGUGGACUGUGCACAAAAUCAACACAAGCAAGUUCGCGUGAAGAAGCCGAAGCCAAGGGAGAAGUUAUUCACUCACGCCAACGAAUCGUCCGAUGCCGCCAAGAAGGAGAAGGACACGUCGACAGAAAGGUCUGCUUCAAAAGCCUGUUCGUAUUGCGGAAAGGACAACCACCAGAUACUGAACUGUUCCAGUUUCAAGUCCUUGGAUAUAGGAGCGAGGUGGAAAGCCAUGCGUCAGAAGAAUCUGUGUCGUCUGUGUUUAGUACCGCAUCGGAAAUGGCCAUGCCACUCGAAAAAGGAGUGCGGCGUGGAUGGCUGUCGUUUUCGUCAUCACAUGCUGUUGCACAGUAACCAGACAAGCCGAAGCGAAUCCGCUGAGACAACGAAGCCAACCGAAGCGAUACAGCACAACUACCACCACACGAAGUCGUUCUCUCUCUUCCGUUAUCUGCCAGUCACGCUUUACGGAUAUGGGAAACAAGUUGAAAUCUACGCGUUCCUGGACGACGGAUCAUCGUCAACGUUACUGGAAGAGGCAGUUGCAGUUCAGUUGGGGAUUGACGGAGAGCCGGACAACCUUUGGCUAGGAUGGACAGGGAAGAUCGGUAGACACGAGAAAAGCUUCAAAAGGGUCAACGUGGAGAUUUCCGGAGCUGGGAAACAAAAUACCUUCCAGUUGAGCAACGUACGGACGGUGCGUGAGCUAGGACUUCCCAGUCAAACGUUGAACUAUUCCGAUCUGUCAGGAUCCUAUCCACACCUACAAGGUCUUCCCGUCAGCAGUUACGUGAAUGCGAAACCCAGUAUGAUCAUCGAAAUCGAACACGUGCAUCUCCUUACCAGUUUGAAGCUUCGCGAAGGUGGAAGAAGUGAUCCAGUCGCAACGAAAACUCGUCUCGGUUGGUGCAUCUAUGGAAGAAAUUCUGGAAGUGAAGGUGAAUCCGUGGAGCAGCUGAAUCUACACGUCGAUCAGGAAAUGAGUAACAGUGAUCUGUAUGAUUCGAUGAAGAAGUUUUUCGCCGUUGAAGAAGCUGUGGUUACGAAACACCUUGAGUCCGACGAAGAUCAACGAGCACGCAGCAUUUUGGAGGCAAGUACAGUUCGCCGAGGAACUAGAAUCGAGUCUGGUUUGUUGUGGCGCAAGGACAAUAUCCACUUUCCGGAGAGCUACAAGAUGGCGAUGAACAGACUCCUGGGAUUGGAGAAGCGUCUGUCCAGAGAUACGGAACUACGACGAAGAGUGAACGAGCAGAUCAACGGCUACGAGCAAAAGCAGUAUAUCAGUAAGGCUUCACAGGAAGAGGUCGGCAGUCUGGAUACUCGACGUGUCUGGUAUCUACCGCUUGGAGUGGUUAUAAAUCCCAAGAAGCCUGGCAAAAUUCGGAUGGUAUGGGAUGCGGCCGCGAAAGCCCAUGGAGUCUGCUUCAACGAUAUGCUACUGAAGGGUCCAGAUCUCCUUGUCUCGCUAGUGGACGUUCUGUUGCGAUUCAGACAGGGGAAAGUCGCCGUGUGCUCUGACAUUCGGGAAAUGUUCCUCAGAAUCCUAAUUCGCGAUGAAGACAGAUGGUCGCAGUGCUUUCUUUGGAGAAGUAAUCCGGAAGAAGAAAUACAAGUCUACGUGAUUAACGUGGCGAUGUUCGGUGCUACCAGCUCUCCAUGUACAGCGCAGUUCGUGAAGAACUGGAAUGCUUCCAACUACAGUGAACAGUAUCCCAGGGCAGUAGAAGCAGUGACCAAGAACCACUAUGUUGAUGACUUCCUUGACAGCGUCAACUCGGUGGAAGAAGCAGUACAGCUGGUUCAUCAAGUGAAAGAUAUCCACGCAGCAGCGGGUUUCCAGUUUGGGAAGAUACUGUCCAACGAGAAGGCAGUGCUAGACCGACUAGGAGAGACGACUACAGCUAUCAGUAAACCACUGCCAGUAGACAAAUUCCGAAUAUGCGAACGUGUUCUGGGCGUCACAUGGAUUCCGUCGGAAGACGCAUUCUCAUUCAAUCACCAGGGAUUGGAGGAAGUGUUAGGCACCGAUUGGGCGGAACCGACGAAGCGCCAAGUCCUGCGUAUCGUGAUGAAACUCUACGACCCCUUAGGAGUCAUCGCACACUUCGUCGUCCAAGGGAAGAUCCUGAUGCAGGAGAUUUGGCGAACAGGCACUAACUGGGACGAGCCUAUUGCGGAGCAGCCACGUGAGCUUUGGAUAAGGUGGAUCGAACAGUAUCGGCAGAUCAACGAAGUGAACGUUCCUCGCUGUUUCUUCAAGGAUUUCUGUCCGCAGCAGGUCAGCGAUAUCCAGGUCCAUGUGUUCACAGAUGCGAGCGUGUCAGCCUGUGCGUGCGUUGCCUACCUCAGAACCACAGUGGACGGAGAGAGUCAGUGUUCGUUGAUUGCAGCGAAGACAAAAGUUGCGCCUCUUCGAACGCUAUCCAUUCCACGUUUGGAGCUUCAGGCUGCCAUGAUGGGUUCCCGUCUACUGCAGAAUAUCUGCUCAGCUCUUACCAUCAAUAUCCAAAGACGUUUCCUGUGGUCAGAUUCAGCGACAGUUCUUGCCUGGCUUCGCUCCGAUAGUCGUCGGUAUCAUCAGUUCGUGUCCUUCCGUGUUGGCGAAAUCCUGUCGUUGACCAGUGUGGAUGAGUGGCGCUACGUUCCUUCUCGCGAAAAUGUUGCGGACGAUGCCACGAAAUGGAAUGGGGGGCCUUCAUUCGAUCCGGAUUGCCGUUGGUAUCAGGGCCCACUAUUUCUGCAAGAUCCGGAAAGUCAGUGGCCUACGGAACGGCCAGGAGAUACAGCGGAAGCAGAUGUAACGACUGAAGAAAUUCGCCUCGUUGCCACACACCGUACAGUAGUGGAAGUGAUAGAUAUUCAACGAUUUUCCAAUUGGAACAGACUGCUACGUGCGACAGCUUAUGUUCACCGAGCUGUAGCGGUAUGGAAGCAUUCAACGAGCGGGACAAGAUCGCUUAAGGUACUCAGCCAGAGUGAAUUCGCGAAAGCAGAAGAAACACUUUGGCGACAGGCGCAAGCACAGGCGUAUCCGGAAGAAGUUCAGCUGUUGGAAGAAGGACAAAGUUUGUCAAAAGGCAGUUCAAUUCGUGCGCUGUCUCCAUUCCUGGACGAAAAGGAGUUCUACGGGUUGGCGGCAGAAUCGAACAAGCUCCAUCGAUUUCAUACGAAGCGAAGCAUCCAGUCGUGUUGCCGAGAAGUCAUCGGAUUACAUAUCUCGUUGUGCUCAGCUUCCACCAGCAGUUCCUGCACGCGAACACCGAGACAGUGUGCAACGAGUUGA